AUGGUGAUCACUCUCAUCUACAAAUUAUUGAGAGGGCAAAUACGUCAUGCCUCACUCAUCAGAGUCUGUGAUGUUAAUGCGCAAAACAGGAAAAGCAAUGCCGAUGGUGUUAGUUGUGAGGCUUGUAAUUUGUAUUGCAGCGAUGAGAAGAAACAUCUGUUACACUUCACAGAAUGUCCUGAUUGUAAAGUGAACUUUUCGUUUGAUUGCAACCUAUCUAACAAUAACAUCUACAACAGUAACAUCAACGACCACAACGUCAGCAGCCACAACGUCAGCGACCAUAGCGUCAAUGUCGAUAGGAGAAAAAGAAACAAUAACGACACCGGUUUACGCACACCAGUUGGGAGUUCCACAUCCGUUUUCCGUCACGUAAACCCACUGCACGAGAAUACUGAAUUCAACAAACGUCAUCCACCAAAACAUCAGAUUCUACAACAACAAGUUUCAACAACGACAAAGACCAUUAAAAGCAAAUCCUCGUCCACUGUAGCGCAGCAACAAUGCAAACCCGGGAGGCCUUCAACCAACUACCCGCCUGCAUUUCCAGCUACGGUUGUGCGCUUCAAGGAUGGCGAGGAGAGUUAUGAGAGUUACAAGAACAAGCUUGAGAACCUGAACAAAUACCACAGUUGUCAGCACAACAACAGUUCCGUUGUUAUUCCCAAUGUCACAAUUCAACACGCACAGGGUCUUUUAAUUGAUUAACUGACACUUCAUCACUAAAUAAAUCGUUUAGUUACUUGAAUUAAUUUAAAAAAUUAAAUGUCUUCACCUUAUUAUGAUCAUCGCUUUCAAUUUAUUAUUAUUGACGUU